AUGGCAUCGCACCGGGAUAUAGAGCUCAACACACUCAAGUUCAAAGAGGACUCCUUAGGCCAGGGGAGCAGCUACAGCAUGCGCGACUUCAGCCUGCGCGAGCCCGUCUACGACGCCUCCUCCAACCCUUCUCGCUGGAAGCCGCUUCGCGAGAGCUUCCAGCGCGAUCCCGACCGCAGCAUCCUGCCCAAACCGUCCAGCGCCACCGGCUUCCUCGACGAGGAUGGCGAGGAGCACGAGCUCGACCCUCAUUACUAUGACCUGCGCCAAGCCACUCUGCAGACCGUCAACUCGAACCUCGUGAGGAGUCUUAAGGGCCGUCACCUACAGAUGAUCGCUAUUGGAGGCUCCAUCGGUACCGGUCUGUUUGUUGCUUCAGGCCGGGCCCUCGCCAACGGAGGGCCAGCUUCCUUGCUCAUCGCCUUUUCUCUCGUCGGCGCCAUGCUGUACUGUACGUGUCAGGCUCUCGGUGAGCUGGCCGUGACCUUUCCCGUCGCCGGAUCCUUCUCGGCCUACUCGACGCGCUUUAUCGACCCCUCUUGGGGCUUCGCCAUGGGAUGGAACUAUGCUUUCCAGUGGCUUAUUGUUUUGCCGCUGGAGAUUAUCGCCGCUUCUAUUACCAUCAACUAUUGGGAUGAGUCGGUGACGCGCGCCAUCUUUGUCACCAUCUUCCUCAUCGGUAUUAUCGGCAUCAAUAUGUUCGGCGUUAAGGGUUAUGGCGAGGCCGAGUUCAUCUUCUCUCUCAUCAAGAUCAUUGCCGUCAUCGGCUUCAUCUUGCUCGGCAUUGUUCUCAACAUUGGUGGCACCCCGGGCGAGGGUUAUGUUGGUGGGCGCUACUGGCAAAACCCGGGCGCCUUCAACAACGGCUUUAAGGGCCUCUGCUCCGUCUUUGUCACUGCCGCCUUCGCCUUUGCCGGCACCGAGCUGGUCGGUCUCGCGGCUGCUGAGACGGCCAACCCGCGCAAGUCCCUGCCUACCGCUAUUAAGCAGGUUUUCUGGCGCAUCACGCUAUUCUAUAUUGUCGCCCUCACCCUUGUCGGCCUUCUCGUGCCACACAACGACCACCGUCUAAUGGCCGUCGAGUCCCCGAUCAACGCUACCGCCUCCCCAUUCGUCAUCGCUAUUGAGGAAGCCAAGAUAAGCGUCCUUCCCGAUAUCAUGAACGCCGUCAUUCUUAUCGCAGUCCUCUCCGUCGGCAACUCGGCCGUGUUCGGUUCCUCCCGUACUCUCGCCGCUCUGGCCGACCAGAACCAGGCCCCCCGCAUCUUCUCGUACAUUGAUCGCAAGGGCCGGCCUCUGAUGGCCAUCGGUGCCGCCGCCGUUAUCGGCCUCCUCUCUUACAUCGCGGACAUGCCUGAGCAGUCCGACAUUCUUGACUGGCUCCUCGCUACUUCAGGACUGUCUUCAAUCUUCACAUGGGCCUCCAUUUGCUAUUGCCACAUCCGCUUCCGCCAAGCCUGGGGCGCCGCCGGCCAUCACCCGAGCGAGCUCGCCUGGCGGUCCCAGGUCGGCGUCACCGGCUCUUGGUGCGGCCUCAUCAUGAACUGUAUCGUCCUCGUGGCCCAGUUUUGUGUAGGCGCAUGCCCAUCGAGGUCGACGAGCUUGACAGCAGAGGCAUAG